ACACCAAGUAAAGCAACUCUAGUGAAAUGUCAUCAUCAUUUUUUCUUCCACCUGAAAUUCUCUGCAAUAUUCUCUCUCGUUUACCCUCUAAGGACCUCAUUACACUCACAGCUGUUUGCAAAUCUUGGUUUUCUUUAAUCACCCACCAAUCUUUCAUCUCUACCCACCUCAAUCUCCGUAAGAAAUCUGAUCCCUUUCUUUUGCAUUACAAAGCCGGCGAUUUUCGCGACAACUUCCUCUCCGUUUUGCAUAGCGAAACCUACGCUUACUAUUCAACUUUCCCAAUCCCAUUUAUUUGCGAGAGCAAUUACUUUAAGUUAGCCGCUUCUUUUGAUGGGCUCAUUUGCUUGUCUGACUCUUAUCAAUAUUUUGGUCGAAUUAUAUAUUUAUGGAAUCCGGCUAUAUGGAAACUCAAGAUCCUUAGAAAUUCUUGUUUCGCUCGAAAGUUUAAAGAUUGCGGAACUUUUUUCGCUCUCGGGUUUGGAUUUUCCCGCAGUUCUAAUUAUGAACUAAAGAUUGUGAGGAUAAUGUAUUUUGGGGAUUUUUAUAUGCCUGUUUAUGUUGAGAAAGAGCCACCAAAGGUUGAGGUUUUCUCAUUGGCUACUAAUUCUUGGAGAAGAAUUGGAACAAAUGCUGGAAGCUAUGCAAUCCAAAAAUCUUCGGAUGCAUAUGUCAAUGAAGCUGUGCAUUGGUUUGCUUCCAAGACUAGGGGACCGUCUAGUAAUAUUGUUUUGUCGUUUGAUUUUGAUAGGGAGAAAUUUGGAGAGAUUAUGGUUCCGAAAAUUGAUCCUGAUGGAAGAAAUAGGCUUCGAGUUUCUGCUGAUGUUUUAAGGGGAUUGUUAAUCUUGAUUGUUCACUGUGUUAACAGCAUUGGCAUAGUUGAGAAUUGUUGCAUAUGGGUGAUGACUGAUGAGGGAGUAUGGUGUGGCUGAGUCUUGGAAUAAGGAAUAUUCGAUUGUACCGGAGAAAAGUAUCUUGAGGUCCUUAUGCAUUGUCAGUGACAAUGAUUUGUUGAUCUUAAUGUCUAAUAGAGAGGUGGUUUCCUAUGACCUUGAGCAACUGCAGUUUAAACAUGUUGGAAUUGGUGGCAAUGAUAUGACAAUAGAUUUGGUUACUUUUGUUGAGAGCUUAGUCUUGUACAAAGAAGGAUUUCGUUUAAGUCCGCGGAGGUUUUUAUUUCCUGAAGGUGGCAUUUGUUUGGGGAAGAGAAAAUGGAGUGUAUUCAAGCAUUUGCAACGAAAAUGGCGCUGAAACAUGAAAAACGCUUCAUAUGUGGUCUGCUUUAUUUUCCUUUGUGUAAUUGCGAGCAGAUUCUGCUUAUUCAUAGUUGGAUGAGAGGAUAUGCAAGUGGUCGAUCAAAGUAAAGUAGGAGUGA